AUGCCACUGGGGAAAAAGGUCCGCUCCUCAUCAGCUGCAGGAAGAUUAGAAACCCAACACCUGAACAGCAUCCUCUCUGAACUGGGUAGUACAGGGCACAGGAGGACAUGCACUUCUGGGCCAGGUCGUUGGGGUGAGAAUGUUACAGAUGACUUGUCAGCACCAAGACGAGGGGGUGUUAUCGAGGACAGAAAAGAGAAGCCUGACUGGUUUGUUCGAGAGCUGCUGAGACAGGACAGGCGAAGACAUUCUGUCAUGCUUGGAGAUGAGGCUGAAAUCAUGAGACGACAACACCUCAGUAUUGACUACACUCGCAGUCUCAAGGAAUCUGAUGCGGGUGGCUUGAGAUCCAUUGAUGCAAAGAAUUUUUUGCGUAUGGUGCAGAAGUGUCUGGGUCUGCCUAAGACGGGUGACUUCUGCACACACAUGCUGCAGGAGUACAAAGAGAAGCAGGAGACUGUGAGACGGAGUAAGCAGGUGGCUUUCAUUCUGCCUGCCACGAUGAAGCCGUUGUGUCACGGCAUUCCCAUCGUCAACAUCCACUCCACCCAUGAUGGCACCAUCGUAACAGUGCGAGAAGAUGGGUUUGUUUGCUGCUGGAGCCCUGAACUGAAAUCGCUGAAGACCAAACAUAUGUUUGAUGUAGGGCCUGCAAACAGGACGUCCAAAUGGGCGAGUGAUUUUACUGUGAUGGCAGAGUUCAACAAGCUGAUGAUCGGAACCGGGGACAGAGAGAUCCAGCUUUAUGAGCUUUCCUCUCUGGAGCCUUAUUGUCAGAUCAAUGCACUCAACACAGUACCUCUGACAUUAGACUAUGGCUACAGCGGCCCUGACAGUUGUUGUAUUCUGUAUGGAGACACUGAGGGAUGUGUGACUAUCAUUUUAAUAUCCUCUGCUGGAGAUACCCUCAGAUUAUGGAAUAAAUUACCAAAGAUUGCAGGCAUGCCCAACAUAGCGGUUGACAAUGCGGUGCUGUCUCCAAAUGUAACAUUUGUAAGAUGGAAGGUUCAUCAGGACUGGGUAACACAGGCAAAAUACUUUCCAAGUUUUCAAGCUGUUGUGUCCUCGUCAAAUGAAGAAUCUUCUUCCCUCACAGCAUGCAUGUUUGAUCGAUGCUCAAACAGGCAGCCUUGUAAUAUAAUGCUUUUUUCAUCUUCUCGAGGCUGCGUGCUGCCGUUAACGGACGCUGAGCAGCAGUUGGAUGAGAUCAGAGAGGCGUGCUACGAAGGUAAGACCAAGAAGGUCCAACUGAGCUGGACUCCACAGCUGCGGGCGUCGUGUGACCAGACACUUUUCACCAUCCACAAAGGUGUCAAGACCUUUGACCUUUGUCAAAAGCACAGCUUGCUGGUCACUGGAGGCAUGGACCGACUUGUGCGGAUGUGGAACCCACAUUUUUCUGGGAAACCGACUGGUAUUUUGAAAGGCCACUCUGCUCCCAUCAUCUUCCUCCACAUCCUCUCAGAGGAGAGUCAGAUUUUCUCUGUCUCUGCAGACAACACUGUGAAAAUUUGGGAUAUUCCAGAUCAGUGUUGCCUGUUUACAGCAGACUCAAAAGCCAGCGGGAUUCGCGGUGACAUAUCUGCAUGCUCGUAUUCCUCUGCUAUGAAAUCCCUUCACAUAACAGCAGACUGCAUGGCUGUGCUCUCCCUGAAGAUAAGGCCACGGCUGCAUAGACGUCUCACUGUUUCACAUAAUGAGCCGGUAAUGUGCUGCGGCUACAGUGAGGAGUUUCGUCAAGUUGUCAGCUGCACUGAGGGAUCUGUGGUGAAAGUCUGGGAUUUUGACACUGGGCAUGAGGUCUUUGAGUUUGGCGGCACACAUGACCUGUCUGCUAUCACAUGCUUGACUUUUGACUCCAAAGGAAGGAGACUCAUCACAGGUGGAAGAGAUGGUUGCUUAAAGAUCUGGAACUUCAGCAAUGGACAGUGCCUAAAGACAUUAAAGAAGGAUGGUGAAUGUAACGAAGUGUGUGACUGCAUUUUUCUGCAAGUUCACAGGAACUUCUAUGUGAUGUCUGUCGGCCGGGAUCGGAAGAUUGACAUUUACUCAGAUACUCCUGAGGACCUUCAUCAUGUCCGGAGACCGAGGCCUUCAUGGCAGGAUGAUCUGAAAAAUGGCCAUAAGGAAGACAUCCUUUGCAUGGCACAGUGUCCCCCAUCUCUGCUCGCCACCAGUAGCUAUGAUGGAGAGAUUAUAGUUUGGAACGUGGUUUCUGGACGUAUACGGUGUCGGUUUGUCAGCCCUCUUCUAGCCGAACACCAAAAUGUUGAAGGACUGGAUACAAGCGUCCCAGGCAUCGUUUUCCUAAAGAACUCCAAGUUGAAGCAGUUUUUCUCAGCUACAGCUCUGCUGUCGUCUGGAGCCAUGGGUUGUGUAAACCUCUGGAACGUGCUUGACGGAGGAAAAUUUGUGGGCAGCUUCAAAGCUUCAAGGUUCCAACAAAAGAUUACAAAACUGGCAAAAACAGAGAAGGACACGUUGCUGUACGCUGCUGACCGAAUCGGUUACAUCUAUGUCUACAAUGUGGAGAAGUUUGCCCCUGAGCAGAAAUCACUCAGAGCUGACAACUUCUGGCGUGCUCAUACCAGCAGAAUUACUGGCCUGCAGAUUGUUGACAAUGAUCAAGUAGUGCUUACCUCAUCCACUGACUACACAGUGCGCCUUUGGAGUGCACAUGGAGAAUUCAUAGGGACUUUUGGGCAGUCUGAGAGCUGGAGCGUCCACAUCUCAUCUUCAUGGAGACAUCCUGCUGUCCCCUAUGAGGUUCUGAUUGACCCUCUGAGUAUGCCUGAUCAUGAGAUACUAAACUUUAAAACAGGUCUUUCUGAUGCCAUUGAUUCUGACAACACUGAGGCUCAUAGAGGUGAACUAAAGUCAGAGACACACUGUAAGCUGAGACUUCCCCCAUCAUCCAUCAGUGACACAGCCACUGAGGAAGAUUAAAAGCACGUUUUACCCAGAGGAGCACAAAACCGGGUGAGUUAUAACCAUUACAACAGCAAAGACUAACUGUACACAUGCCAUGCAAGUCUUACACCAGACGCAGUUUAAAAAGUGACAGAUUCAUAUUUAGAGUGAAUGUGUCUUCUUUUUCAUUUACGGCUCUGUCAUGAAACUGUCAGGCGUACUAACAAGCUAUCGAACCACUGCAUUCUGAAAGGGUUUCAUACUGUAGAGCUACCAAACACCAGAGUAA